ACUGGGCUACUCCCCCUGGAGUGUGCUCAGGAUGCCGUAAAGCUUGCCAGCAAUCCUCUCUUUCUCGGAGACCUCGAAGCUUCGCCACAGAGAGCUCUUUGAGUCCAGGGAACUGUGGAAGAUGGACCCAUCCCAGAGAAACAUUCCGACCUAUCUCGGCCUGUCCAUCUUCAACAUGCUCUGUUGCUGCUUGCCGAUGGGAAUAGCAGCUUUGAUCUACUCUCUUCGGGUGGAAAAUGCCAGUAGCAUCGGAGAUGUGGAUCGGGCCUCCAGUUCGUCCCGCACCGCUCGCACGCUGAAUAUUAUGGGGAUUGUCUUUGGAGCAAUCUUCAUCAUCAUAACAAUUGUGAUUUAUGUUGUCUUGCUGAAGAACAAACCAUGAGAGCUCCGUCCCAGCCUCCCAGAAAGUGGGGCCACGCCGGCCCUCCUGGGCGGGUCAUGUAUCUCCUGGCGAAACCAUCCAGGGAGUUCUGACCACCUGCCAGCAAGAGGACUGUUUCCAAACUGCAACGGAGGGGCCUGCCUGCCCUCUCCAGUGGGCAGUGGGGUCACUGAUCUGUUGUGUCAAGUGAUUAAUCGCUUUGCCAUGCCUUUUUAAAAUACGCAGUUACCUAUCGUGUGCUAUCAGAGCGUAACGAUUUAUACGCCAAUAAGGCCAACUUGUCACACUUCUGUCAUUGUGCACUACUCUGCCCCUGGGAUUAUGAAAACAGCUGUAAAUAUUUGCUUUCUAUCCUUUAGGCAUCACUUUUUUUAAAAAAAUAGUUUUUAGAACUUCUAAGCUGCUGGGGUGUGUGUGGAUUUUCACAGUGUGGUAAUGCUUUCAGUAGGGCAGCUACCCCAUUAAAGAAAUCUUUGCCGAUUAA